UUAUAGCAUGUUGACUGAAGCGGCAUCUUGUAACCUGAGAGACAAGAGGAAUCAACAUCGCCUUAAGGUUACAGUAGUAUGAUAGAAUUAAUGACCAUCUCCUCUAUGCUUUGUUUCACCUAUAAAAUGAUUACCAUGAGUCCAUUAGAGGAUCAGAAGGAGAUGUUUCUCAUAGUGCUGCUUGUCUUGCUGUGUUCUACAAUCUUGAUCACCAUUUCAGCCUUCAGCUGGAGGAGCCAUGGCCAGCAGAAAGCCUUCCGACUCCCCCAAGGAGACAUGGGUUGGCCUGUCCUGGGAGAGACCCUCCCUUUUCUCAAGCCCCAUCCAUCAACCUCAAUAGGAGAUUUCAUGCAGCAACGCAUCUCAAAGCAUGGAAAAAUUUUCAUGUCAAAUUUGCUCGGGAAGCCUACAGUGGUCUCAGCAGAUGCUGAGCUGAAUCGCUUCAUCCUACAAGCUGACUCGAGACUAUUUGAACCAGGCUGGUCUAGAAGCAUUGGUGAGGUCUUGGGGAAACACUCCAUAUUGUUGCAGGUGGGAGAUGCUCACAAGAAAAUGAGAUCGAUCAACCUCAAUUUCGCAAACAAUGGCAAGCUCAAGACCCCAUUCUUGCGAGAUGCCUAUCGAAUUGCAGCGUUCGUCAUGAGCUCGUGGAAGAAUGAUUCUGUAGUACUGGGCAAAUAUGAAGCAAGAAAGCUAUGCUUUCAUAUGAUGGCCAAGAAUAUCCUGAGUUUGGAGCCUGGAACUCCUGUAACUGAGAAGUUGAGAAAGGAAUACGAGGCAUUUGCUAAGGGGGUUGUGUCCCUGCCGCUCAACUUGCCUGGAACUGCAUAUAGUAAGGCUCUGAAGGCCAGGUCAUACAUUCUCGAAGUUGUGUGGCAAUGUAUGGAAGAGAGGCUUUGUAGGAAGAAGGAUGUGGAGGAAGAAGAUGCUAAGGAUGACUUGCUUCAAUGGACUUUGGAGAAUUCCAACUAUUCGGAAGAACAAAUUGGUGAUCUGAUAUUAGGCACCUUUUUUGGUGGUUACAACACCACAUCAAAAGCCAUAGCUUUGGCAAUCUACUUCCUUGGAGGCUGCCCCAAAGCAGUUGAGCAAUUUGAAGAGCACGAUAGGAUUGUUCAAGGUAAAAGACGAGGGGGAAAUUCUGAACUAAGUUGUGAUGACUACAAGCAAAUGGAGUUCACUCAAUGUGUCAUCAAUGAGACGCUAAGACUUGGGAACAUAGUUCCCUAUAUCCAGAGGAAGGCCAGCACACAUAUUAAAUUCAAAGGUUAUGACAUUCCACAAGGGUGUAAUGUGAUGGCAGUUCUCCCAGCGGUGCAUUUGGAUCCUUCAUUUUUUGAAUCUCCUGAGCAGUUCAAUCCAUGGAGAUGGCAGAGUGACCACGGCAUAAGAAGGACCAACAACUUCAUGGCGUUUGGUGGGGGAGCACGCCUCUGUCCUGGAGCUGUGCUUGGGAGGAUGGAGAUGGCAGUUUUUCUUCACCACCUUGUCAUCAAUUUUAACUGGGAGCUCGCAGAACCUGAUCUUCCCAUGGCUUUCCCUUCACUUGACUUCCCCAAAGGUCUGCCUAUUAAAGUCAGGUUACUUUCAAAUCCACAAGUGUCCAUGUAAGGAUCAGGAUCAAAGAAUGGUGUAUGUACAAGAUAGACUUGAAUGAAUGAAUUGAAGAGGAAAAAGUUGGACAUCAAAGUGUCUCAGAAGUUUUUGUGAAGAUAUAAUGAAACCAAGGUGGCAGACUUGAAUGAAUUGGUAUUGGUGUAUUGUUAUUUGAGAUUUGCCAUCACUAGGCAGUU